ACCGCAUCUUCAUCAAUGGAUUAACGAAUCUAAUUAAUAAUUAAAAAGUGAUCCUGUAGCAUACUUUAUUGUAGCAAGUAUGCGCGCCGAUCCAACAUUAUUGCAGAUAUUUCUGCGUUAUUAAAUCUUUAAUCUUGAGUGCUUAUCUUCCAAAGAAGUGUAUCAAAUGAGACAUUGGUUUAAAAUGAACAACGGAACUAUCAAAUAAAAUGCAAUAGCAAUAAUAAGAUUGUAACCACAGCAUCAGCAUCAAAUACACACAAGUUUAGACGGAUCAAUCUUUUUUUCGUAUUGAUUUUCUGGGUGACUGCCAACAGUUUCAGACAGAGAAUAGGAAGAAGACGGAAUCGGGAGGAAUUAUAAGCAUCUUGAAAAAAGAUGUUAAAAUCAAUAACUCUGGAGAAUUUUGUGCAUUUCAAAGACAGAACUGUUAUUGAUUUUGAUACAACUCCAAGGGUGAAACAGAGUAAAGCAAGUUUGCAUAAAGAGGCAACUUCUUCAAAUACAUGUGAAAAUAAAAAGCAAAGGCGUGAUGCUGAAAAAGAAGUGGCUUCGGGUUGGAACACUUUAAAUAUUUUUGUAGGUGCUAAUUUCUGUGGGAAAAGUACCGUUAUAGAAUUAAUACGACGUUGCAUGACAGAUGAAAUAAAUGUAUCAGUAACUAAUUCUUUUGAUAAUAACUUAUUUGCGUAUGUGUUCUGUCAAUUCAAUUUGUCUCCAUAUGAUGAAGUUAUUUCUGGAUUUAUAAAAGAACCUGUAAAUGAUGUGAUGUACAAAGUUUUCGUUUAUACAGACAAAAAUGACACUUUUCUUCUCUCGAAAUCGUCAGAAAGUAUUGCAACCUACAACGGUUUGGUUCACGGAGCAGAUGAUAUGCAGACAAUACAUUCAAUUGCAGCAAAGGAAGGUGUUAAUAUUACCCAACUUCUUCAUUUGAUAAAAUCUUCAAAUCCUCAAAAAGAUUGUUUACCAGAGGAACCAAGCUGGAAAACCAUCGAAAACAAAUAUGUGUCUACACUACCACUAAGAGGCAUUGGAAUGGUACAGUGGACAAGAAGUGAGAAAAUCAAGAAGGAAUACAAGGAAAGCAACUACAAGAUGGCAUGUGAACGAGCAGAAGUUAUAUCGACUUUGUUGUCGGAGGACCAUAGAGAUGAUGUUGAUGAACAGUUAGAGGGGGAAAUAUUUCGAUUUAUUACAUACCCAGAAAUAUUUAAAUUCAUAAAAAAAGAUGGACUAUUGUAUGUUCAACAUAACGAAUCAAAAUUCCCAUUGCUGAAGACAUCUGAAGGGAUUUUAGAGGCAAAAUUGACCUCUUUACUCUUAGCACACAAACACAUUCAGACACUUUGUUUAGAAGAUCCUGAUCGAGGGAUGCACCCUCAAAUGAUUGAACGAUUAAAGACAAUGAUGUACAUGCACGUAACAUCAUACAAGAAGACAAUUAUUGUUGUGACGCAUAGUCCGUAUUUUAUUGACACCAUUACCAUCGACAAAACGCAUGUUUUCUUUCGAAAGAAAACAGCCUCAAACAGUUACGAAUGUUCGGUUAAAAAUGCUGGGAAAAAUAAGGAACUCUCCAAAGUGUCUGACAUUGAAACACUGAGAACGUUGUUGUUUUCAACCAAAGUUUUAUUAGUGGAAGGCCCAAUAGACAAGGAGGUUGUGCAAGGUAUUUUUACCCAAUACAAAUGCAAUUUGUUAGAGAGGGGAGUGAUCGGAAUGAAUGAGCUUUAUAAGGAUAUAACCACAUCUCAAAUUAUUCCGGUCGGCGGCUGUGAAAAUACAAAGAAAAUACAAUCAUUUUGCUAUUUUAUCAAUCUUCCAUGCUUAUGCUUAUGGGAUCUAGACAAAGUUGUAAAAUUUGAUAAACAAACAUGUAAAAUACAAGACUUUUUGGAGAUAGGUAAUGUUAAUAAAGAUAAGUUAAAAGCAAAAUACUUUGAUAAAGAACUUUCAUACCUCAUUGGUUGUGAUGAAGAUUUCGAAACAAUUUCAACAUCAUUAGAGCAACGAAAAAUGUUUGUAUGGAGACAUGGUACUGUGGAAGAUGCGAUUUUAAGCUCUAGGAAUCGUUAUGAAGAAAUUUGCUCAUCCAUUAACUGCCCCUCAUUGACUAACAAAAGCCUAAAGAAAAAACUGAAAGAACGACUUGAUGAAGAAGAAAGGAGAACGUUUUAUAGUCAGCUGAUGGAAGUCUCUGAAAUACAACGAUUUAUAAGAUUUAUGGAGAAGGAAGAAAACGAAAGGUUCAAUAACUAACUAUAGUACACGUACACUACUAAAAAAAAAUAUGGUAAUCUGAAAAUUAAAAGCGUGAAAUUUGGUUAUACACAAUUUUUUUAGACUGUCAGUGAUAUGUAUAGUGUUUCUGGUUUAAAUGUUUUAAAACCAAAACUUUUCGAUGGAUUCUACAAACGCUUGCAUCUCACUACUAGUGAAAAUGUGUUUAUAAUAACUAUGUUCUAUAUGUUCAAGUUUAUAACAUAUAAAAAGACAGAAUUUAACAGUACGAUUAAAUAAUUGAUACAGCAAGUUUAAGAACUAAUCAAUAUUUAUAUAUGUUCGUACUUAAUGCAAUUAGUGCAGUUUUGUAUUUUGAAAAUACCUUUGAGUUUAUAUAAAAUUGUUAAAGCCGUGCAUGUAUUGUAACCAUAUUCUAGUCUGUCCCAAGUUAUUGCUUCCGUUACUUUUUGGUGGUUUUAAAUGAAAAUAAACACACUUGUCCAUUAAGAACAAAUGAAAUCGAUGAAAAGGGGAAAUUCAAGAUUUCUUCAUUCAUAAAUCAUCUGUUUAUACCCAGAGAAACUCAAAAGAACGAAAAAUAAUUACUUACGGAAAUUUAUAAUGGGAAAUACAUGGCUCAACAUUAAGGCACGUCCGUCUAGAAAAAGUUUGUCCGGGCUAGUAAACAUUGCACAAUGGUAGUCUGACUGGUCGUGUUAAAAUUUCACUCAAUGGGUCAUUCAAGCAAACUUAGUGUAAUAUGUUUGUACAACGUAAUUUUUAGCCAAAAACUACAAGUUAAACAAGAGGCCCAUGGGCCACAAAUCGCUCACCUGAACAAUAGUUCUUUAUCAUAUUUUAUUUCGAAAAGGUUUAUUAUGAAGUGAACUUUGAAUAAAUAUUGUACAACUCAUAUAUUUCAAGAUUUUGCCAUAUAUUAAACAAUACAUAA